AUGUUCGAAGUCCCAGAUGCAAAAAGGGUCAAAAGAUCGGAUCUGUUCCGAGACGACCACGACGACGAUGAUGUCGACGACACACUCCCAGGUUCUCGAGGGUCGAGUAGAUCUGUAUCGCCAUGCCCAACAACACACCCUAAAGAUGACGGGGAGAAUGUCUUGAGACCAAGCUAUGGGUUCGAGUACGAGUUUGUCGCGCCGCCAACAGCGUCCUCUCCGAAGCAGAAGCGAAAGGCGAAGCUGGGAUCAGAUCUAAGAGCACCAACAAAGCCAGAAUCUGAAUCGGCGGUCAACCCAAAGCAGGAAGGAGAAGAAGAAGGAGAGGAAGAACCUCUAGAGUUCCAGUUUCGGCUAUUCACCUCGUCAAAGAAGUCCAGGUCUACCACCACUACUUCUGCUGCCCGGCGACCUUCUCAGGACGAUGUGACGACGACAACGACGACAACGACGACAACCAUCGCAGACACCCGAAUCAGGCUGUCACGGACCCCCGAGCCCGCGGCGCUCGAGGAGUCGUUAUCCCUGGAAAACGCGCACUUCCUCCGCCCCCACCGGCCCGACUCGUACUACUUCACCUCUGCGCUGCCGGAUGAGGCCACACAAGCGUUACGGACACAGUACGCCGACGUCGCGGUAUCGACCGCCGACAUCCUCUCUCGAGCAACACGGACAAAAUGGCCCGGCGCCGCGCUCCCGUGGCGGCUGAUCCACGUCCAACUCCUCCACGGAAAGGAUAGAUCCGCCGGUGCGCAACCGCUCAGGUCAUCGACCUCGUCCUCCUCGUCGGGCUCGAAGCGACCGUCCAAGAAACGCCGCAUCCUCCUCCGUCGGCGGCUCGCUCUGCGCCAAGAACUCGCCGCCCAGGCCAAGGCGACCGAGGAGACGGAGCGGGAGAAGCGCACGCGACGGAACCGCGAGAAGAAGGUCAAGCGGAAGGAGAGGGAGAAACGAAAGAAAGUGGGAGUGGAGGAGGGAGGGCAGGAGGGAGAGGGAGAGGGGAAGGCUGUAGGCGGCGGUGGUGGUGGUGGUGGUCAUGACGAUGAAGAAGGGAAAGAAGAUGUUCUCACUCACGUUCGCCCUCACGACCUGGACGAGAAGCCUGGUGCACAGGUCGCUACGCAGGCGGAUAGCAAGGGGCCGGCAACGAAAGUAUCCGCGUUGGCGUCGACACAUCUCUCUAUCGCCUCAGCCUCAGCGCCAGUACGACGAGCUCCCACAUCCAGGGCACCAACCGCCACGGCUGUGCACCCGAAAGGCCCAAAACCAAUACAUCCCACACGAGCACGCCUACGACCUUAG